AUGGCCAGCGCCGUGGUAGCUGAUAUUGCUGUUCAAUCCGCAAACCUACGGGCAGAAUUGAAAGACUGGGAGAGGGCGUUUGCCGCGCAAAAUGGUGGGAGAAAAGCAGCGAGAGAUGAUAUUAAAAAGGUCCCUGAGAUAGCUGCCAAAUACAAAGAGUAUUCUCGAUUGAAAGCACUCGAAUCGGCUUCGGGAAAACACGAUGGAUCCAAGCCCGUCAAACUAGAAGAACGGCCCAAAAAGCGCAAGCACUCAUCCACAGAUGAUCCGGAUGUGACACACAGUUCGUCGACGCCGCGAAAAGCGACCAAGGGGAUCUUCCAGACCCCAUCCAAGAACCGAAUAGCAAAGUCACAUCCGUCCGAGGUCGACCCUUAUAUCUCUCCCACGGCGCUGCGCAGACUCUUCAGCCCGUCUACCCACCAGACACCGCUCAAAGCGGCCAUCGGUCCCACGCCCCAGAGAGAUGGAAAGGCAUUGGGGCUUUUUGACCUCUUGUCGGAGUCCGGCGGGAGUACCGCGACACCGUCGGCGGAGCGAGUGGCAAGCCUGCGCACGGCGAACGUCCAUACGCCUUCAAAACGCAGAACCAUGGACACGAUCCUCGAAGAAGACGAGGACGAAGACGAAGAAGAAGGGAGCCCCAGAGCUGGACGCACGCCCGCAUCAUCUGGGAAGAAGUGGAUGCUUUCAACACUGUUCGCGACUCCAACCACACUCCGCUAUGCCGCAAUGGUCGAGGAUGACGAUCGCGUUGCCGGCAGGGGCCACGACUCGCAAGCAACCGCAAACGAGGAGACCCGCGAUGCGGUGGGCUCGGAGACCCCGUCUUUCCUGCGACGGUCAAACCCCGCGCGCUACGCUACUUCGCAGUCCAAGUCCACCGCCCAUGGCGGCUUGAGUCCCAUUGCGGUGCGCAAACCGCCGCAGUUCGUUGGAAAAGGUCUCACCGCGUUAGUGCAGGGGCUCCGCGAUAUGGAGGAGGACAGAUUGGACGAUGACAUGGACGUGCUGCGCGAAAUCGAGGCUGAGCAGGCGACGUUGAAUGUCGACGUGGUGGCCGACAGCCAGGCCCCCGCGGAUAACAUCGGCCGACCUUGGAAGAAGAAGGGCCAGAAGCGGACAACGCGCCGGGUGCGCAUGAAGCCGGUAGUCUCGAAACCGACGGCGCAACCACAACCGUUGGAUUCGGACGGAGAAAAUGAACGCGAUGAGCAAGAUGGGAGCGACGAUGAGCCGACAGCGGUUCCUGAAACACAGCAGCCGAGUGCUCUGCACGCAGUCUUUUGGGGAGACCAGGGUGCUGACUUUGACGACUUGGACGAUGACGAGGAGGCAUCGCUUCACACGAUGUCGGAGCCAGAUCUCGAUUCUGAUUCUGAUUCUGAUUAUGAAGACGAUAGUAAACCUGCUACCAAGAGCAAGAGCUUCUCGGAGAAGAUGAAGGAAGCUAUUGGGUCCGCACCCCAGCCGCAGCGAGACCAGCGCCCUGUAGAGGUCUCACGGGCAGCUGUGAAGGAGGACGAGCCCAAGAAAGCUCGUCCGCGGAAGGUCAAUCCUGAAGCGCAUGCCAAUUACCGCUCGCUCAAGAUCCGGAACAAGAACACUAAAGGUCGGGCUGGCCGGCGCUUUGGGCGAAGAUAA